GGUUGAUUUACGAUUGGGGCGGGAUGUAUUCGUGCUUUCCGCCAGGCAGCGCAGUGACUCCAGUAUUUUGCUGUGAGCUGCUGAUGGGACAGAGGAAACUCUCACCUGGACCUGGACUUUUCCUCCACAGUGUUCCUGUUUAGACAGAGGCCAUCUAUCCAUUAUGAAGAGUCUGAAGGCAAAGUUUAAAAAAGCUGAGAGUCAGGACUGGACUAAGAGUGAUGAGAGGCUCCUGCAGGCUGUGGAGCAGAAUGAGCCCGACAAAGUCUCGGCACUCAUCGUCAAAAAAGGCCUCUGUCCUACCAAGCUGGAUGCCGAGGGCAAGUCAGCGUUCCAUCUCUGUGCAUCGCGAGGCAGGCUGGAAUGUCUGGAGGUCAUCAUCUCUCACGGAGCAGAUGUCAACGUCACUGAUGGCGCUGGCUUCAGCGCCCUUCAUCUCGCAGCCAAGAAUGGCCAAUCAGAGUGUUUAAAGAGACUCCUACAGGAGAGAUUAGUGGUCGAUUGCACCGACAGCAUUGGUCGGACACCACUUCAUCAUGCAGCGGUCAGUGGCUGCUCGUCCUGCUCUGAGAUUCUGUGGGAUUUUAAAGCCACUUUGGACGUCCAGGAUGGGGACGGGGCCACCCCUUUGAUCUUAGCAGCUCAGAUGAGCAGAGUGGAGCUGUGUGUCUUUCUGUUGGGUCGAGGUGCCAAUGCAAACAUACAGGACAACCAGGGAAGGUCUGCACUGAUGCUGGCGUGUGAGAGUGACAGCGUUGACACCGUGGAAGCUCUACUGAGAGGCGGGGCCAACACACAGCUGGUGGACGCCCUUGGACACAAAGCCACCGACUACAGUGUAAGCACAGGAAACCAACGCAUCAUGCAAACCUUGCAAGAUGGAGCACCUCAAGCUCCUGAGGGCACAGGCGAGGAGCCCCCCCAAGUCCCAUCAGGCACCUCAUCAGUGCAAGGGGGAACUACCCCCCGCAAACGGAAAGCUCCUCCACCGCCCCGUUCUUCUUUGCAGAUCCAGGGUUUGCCACCCUCUCCACAUCCCCGUCCUGCUCCACGUGCCCAGACCCCUGAGCCCCAGCCUUCUUCUCCCUCUCCCCAGCCUCCAGAUACACAGCAAUCAGCCCAGCCAGAAGAUGAGGAGGUGUUUGAGGAGAUCCGACGGCUGCGUCUGGAGCGAGGCCGUCUGCUCCAGAAGAUCAAAGCCUUGGAGCAGCAGCAACAGAGCGCCCUCUCGGCCUUGGAGGAGUUGUCUCAACUAAAGCAGCGUCUAGAGGAGGCAGAGGCAGAGAGAGACAAGCUGCUUGAGGAGCUGAAGGGAGGCCAUGGUAUUGGGACCGCUGAGGACAUGGAUGAAAUGUUUGACUUCCCAGAGAUGCUGCUCUCCAAGCGCUCCAGAGCCUCGCCUGCUCAGGAUGAGGCCACUUCCCAAAGAGACGCAGACUCGGCCAACCCCUCCCCUGUCCCCGGAGACCCAGGAACUGUUUCUGAGCUGCGCAAACAAAUAGAGGAACUUACCUUACACAACUCUGAACUAGCUCUCAAAGUGCAGAUGCUGGAGAUGUUUGAGAAGGAUGAAACCGACAUGCAGACCUCCAGCUCGGACUUUGUCCCCAUAGUUCAGUAUGAGACCCUGAGGAAGGAGUUUGAAGCCCUUCAGGAGCGCUUCUCUCAGGCCCAGGCUUCAUACGAGGCCUCCAGCGUGGCAGAGGAGGGUGGGGAUGAGAAGUCUCAGGAAGGAUGUGCGGAUGGAGAGAGUUUGCAAGAUCUGAAGGAAAAGUUGAGAGGGCUUAAAGAGCAGUUGGCCUCCUCCCAGUCGGAGUUAGAGGAGCUGAAGGAGCAGAUGAGGCUUGGGGUGCUUUCGGUGGAGUGUGGUGAAGGGGAAACUGCCGCAGCAGGUGCUGGUGCUGGGGCUCCAGAGGGGUCUCUGAGCCAGGAGGCACAGCAGCUGAGAACGAGGGUGACGGAGCUAGAGGAGGAGCUAGCAAAAACACAGGGUGAGGCAGGCGGUCAGAGCAGCCAGGACAGUGACACAAUCAAACAGCUGACGGAGAAAGUAGAGGAACUCAGUGCUGCUCUGUCCCAGAGAGAGUCUACCAAAGAAGACGGCGAGAAAGGCGACCAAGGAGAAGAGACAGAAACAGUGAAGGGCCUCCGUGACAAAGUGGCUGAGUUGGAGGCAGCCCUGGCAAAGAGCAAGACGUCGGGGAAAGAGGAAGGAGCAGCAGGAGAUGGAGAUCAGGUCCGUCGUCUCCAGGAGCGUGUGGGAGAGCUAGAGGGGGAGCUGAGAAAGUGUGUGCCUCGCUCGGAGUUGGAGGAGGUGCAGGUGACUCUGGGGCUCCAGUGUGAGCAGCUGGCCAGGGAGAGGGCGGACGUGGCUCGAAGGCUCAACAAUGCUCUCCUGGAUCUGGAGAGACUCAGGCCUCCUCCACGCGCAGUUGAAGAAGAGGAGGAGGAAGAGGAGGAACAGUCAGAGAGCUCAGAGCCCCCAGGCAUGUCAGAGCACUCCAGACGCACCAUGGCCGCAGUGAGAGAAGAACUGGAGGUGGCGAGGCAGGAAGCAGCCCAGGCUCUGGACUGUCUGUGUGCUGAGCAGGAGGGCCGCGCACAGGACGCCCUACAGCUUAAAGACGCAGUGCCACUCUCUAAACAUAAGGAGGCGCUGUCUGCAGUGUCAGAACAGCUAGCUCAGACGCUGCAGGAGCUCCAGGAGGAGAAGACCCGUCGUGGUUGGGCUGAGGAGCAGGCUGCCAGACUGGAAGCCCAACUGCAGGCCAUGCAGGAUGCCGUACCUAAAGAGGAGCAUGAGAAAGUCAUGGCAGAGCUCCAGCACUCCCUGCAGGCCAGUGAGAGCAGUGCAGCAGUGGCUCAGGAGGCUCUGAGUGAGAAGGAGAUGGAGCUGAGAGAGCUCAAGUCCCAGAAGGCUGCAGAACAGGGUCUGAUCUCCAAAGAAGACCACGAGGCUCUGCGGCUCUCUCUGCAGGCCGAGAUCAACGCCAUCUCAGCCCGUUUCAACGAUCUUACUCGCAAACAUGAGAAGACUUGCACUGAGGUAUUCCAGGUGCAGAGAGAGGCUCUCUUUAACAAGAGUGAGCGGCAGGUCGCGGAGUCCCAACUGGCCACGGUGCAGAAGCAGCUAGCCGAAUUACAGGCCCAAUCCAGCCAUAUCCAGGAGCUCCACAAGGGCAUCCAGGAAUCCCAGGGCCUGGUCAAGGAGAAGGACCGCAAGAUAACAGAGCUGUCCAAGGAGAUGUUUCGGCUAAAGGAGGCCCUGGGAGCUCUGUCACCUCCUCUGGGCAUCACCUCCUCCUCAUCUGCCCAUCAUGGUAACCCUGGGCAGCAAAUGGCACUGCAGAACAGGAUCGCCAUUCUUACCCAGCAGCUCCAGGAUUUGGAAAGAAAGCACAAACAGGUGGUGACUGUGUACCGUUCACAUUUACUAGCAGCUGUACAGGGCCGAAUGGACGAAGAGGUACAGGGUCUGCUACUCCAAAUCCUGAGGAUGUCACAGCAGUGACACUGAAAUUUUGGAACGUCUGCAAGUGUCUCUCCACCUCCAGCUCUUUUUCAGGUCAACAUGAAAGCAGCUCCAGCUCAGCAACCUGUGGGGAAAGCAUCAUUGAGACCAUUUCUCUUUGAAGCCAAAUAAAAACUAAUCUUUGUUUAGACAUAGCUGCAUGUGUAC